CCACUUAAACCAUCCCCUCUCUCUCUCUCUCUCUCUCUCUCUCUCUCUGAGUCUCUGUGGCUUCUAUAUGCAGUCAAGGAAGAAGCUAAUAAGUGAACAAGAACACCUAGAAGACAAAGGAGUAAAGGACACAGCUUUUCUCUGUUCUCGCCACAGAGAAUUGAAUUGAUGAUGUUAAUCAGCUGUGAUCUGAGACACACAUCUGCAGCCUGAGAAACGAUGCCAAACCAGGUAUGGUUUGCACUGCUAGUGAUUUAUCAGCAUGGAAAGAUUUCCCAAAAGGCCUCAGGGUCCUUCUCCUUGAUGAGGACAGCAGCUCUGCUACCGAGACAAAAUCAAAACUAGAAGCUAUGGACUAUAUUGUUUUUUCUUUCUGUAAUGAGAAUGAAGCUCUGUCUGCAAUUUCAAGUAAAGAAGAAAGCUUCCAGCUCGCCAUAGUGGAGGUGAGUACAAGCAAUGGCAAUGGGAGUUUCAAGUUUCUUGAAGCUGCCAAAGAUUUUCCAACCAUUAUGACAUCAAACACACAGUGUCUGAGCACCAUGAUGAAGUGCAUGGCGCUUGGUGCAGUGGAAUUUCUUCAGAAACCUCUCUCGGAUGACAAACUGAAGAACAUAUGGCAGCAUGUAGUUCACAAGGCAUUCAAUACAAAGGGGAGGAUCAUCUCAGAAUCGCUGAAACCUGUUAAGCAGUCAGUGGUCUCCGUGCUGCAGCUUCAAUUAGACAAUGGAGAGAGGGCAGAAAAGGCAGGUGUGUCUCCGGCAAAUAAAAAUGAGCUUGAGCGGUCAGCAGGUAGUGAUAAGUAUCCAGCUCCAUCAACCCCACAACUAAAACAAGUAGGGAGAUUUUUGGAUGAUGAAGAUUUCCAAGAUCAUACUAAUAGCUUAAUGAAAACUGAUAGUGGGGAGCACGAUGGGGAAACUAAAUCUGUCGAAACUACUGGUGGAAAUACAAUGGUUGAGGAGACUCUAAUUGUUAGAGAACUGCAGAGUUUAGGAGAGAUUGCAAUCAAAGAGGAGAUUGACUUGGCUGAUGGUGGCAACAACGAGGGUAAUCUCUGCCCGCAUCCUCAAAAUAAAGACAAUCUUGACAUUUCUAGAGGUGGGACUGAAGGUGAAAGCCCAAGUAAAGCUACCCAUAGUGUCUGUAGGAUUAAGGCUAACGGAAAGAAGAUGAAGGUAGACUGGACGCCUGAACUUCAUAGAAAGUUUCUCCAAGCGGUUGAGCAGCUAGGUAUAGAUCAAGCAAUACCUUCCCGAAUUGUAGAGCUGAUGAAAGCGGAAGGCUUGACUAGACAUAAUGUAGCAAGUCAUCUCCAGAAAUUUCGGAAACAAAGGAGACACAUCUUGCCUAAGGAUGACGACCGGAGAUGGCCACAUCAAAAAGAACAAAUGCAAAGAAAUUACUGUUCCUAUAAACCUAUCAUGGCUUUCCCAGCAUAUCAUUCUAAUCCUGCUCUUCCGGCUGGUCCAGUUUAUCAUGUGUGGGGCGCUCCUAAUACUCGCCCAGCGCCUGUCCCAAUGUGGGGUGGCUAUCCCCCGUGGCCAUGGAAGCCUUAUCCUGGGAUGCAUGCUGAUGCUUGGGGUUGCCCUGUGAUGCCCCCACCUCAUACUGCUUGUCCUUCCUUGCCUCAACAGAAUACGUCUGGGUUUUCCAAUGCUGGCGCCGUUGUUGGCUAUGGCAUGCCGGAAAAUUAUUUCGAACAUCACCCGGCAGAGGAAAUAGUUGACAAGGUGGUGAAAGAGGCUAUAAGCAAGCCCUGGCUACCCCUGCCUUUAGGCCUGAAGCCUCCUUCCGCCGAGUUUGUCCUGGCUGAGCUUUCCAGGCAAGGCAUCUCCACCAUCCCUCCCAACAUCAGUGACUGUAAUUCUUGACUCAUGUGUAGUCUACUUCAUUGUAGAAUAAAAGACUCAAGUGGGUGUAUUUUUUUGGGUCCAAAUUAAAGCAUUUAAAUUUAUUUUGGGCGGUUGGGAUUGGCAUUGUCACAAAUCACAAUUGUCCAAGACAGAGACCUAACAAACAAAGAUAAGUGGAUAAACCUUGUAGACUUCACAUGAAUAUGAUAAAGAUAAAGAAAACUAUGAAGGCAUGUUGUAAAAAUGUUUGAAAUGGACCACCAGGCACCAGGUAGGGUUUCACAGAGGCUCUAAAGCAAAGCGGAUAAUGCUUGAGACCCCAUCUUAUGACCAUUCUCUCUUUUCCUUCUCUCUUUAAACUAAUGAACCAGUUCAUAAGAAAACUAAUGAACCAAAGAAAA